UGACAAAUGUGUUUGUGUCCACAGCCUCUCACUCUAUGAAGAACUUCUACACUGCUGUCACAGCCGGGAUUGAUUUCCCAGAGUUCACUGCUGUGGGUAUGCUGGAUGAUGAGCCCUUUACAUACUACGACAGCGACAUCAAGAGGAAAAUUCCCAAGACUGAGUGGAUAAAGGAGAAUGUGGGAGCAGAUUACUGGGACCGUUAUACUCAGAUUCUGACUGGUACUCAGCAGACCUUCAAAGCCAAUAUUGGAAUUGCAAUGCAGCGUUUCAACCAGACUCAGGGUGUGCACACUGUGCAGAGGAUGUACGGCUGUGAGUGGGAUGAUGAGACCGGGGCCACAGGAGGGUUCUAUCAGUUUGGAUACGACGGGGAAGACUUCAUUACUUAUGACCUGAGAAACCAGCGUUACUUUGCACCGGUGCAGCAGGCGUUUAUCACUUCACAGAAAUGGAAUAAUGACCCAGCUCAGCUUGAGAACUUGAAGCAGUACCUGACCCAGGAGUGUGUUGACUGGCUGAAGAAGUACGUGAGCUACGGGAGGAGCGCUCUGGAGAGGACAGUUGCUCCUAAGGUCUCUCUGCUGCAGAAGGACCCCUCCUCUCCUGUUGUUACCUGUCAUUUGACCGGAUUCUACCCCCGUGGCGUCAUGGUAACCUGGCAGAGAAACGGAGACGACCUGCAUGAGGACGUAGAGCUGGGGGAGACGGUGCCCAACGAGGACGGAACUUUCCAGACCACAUCUCACCUGACAGUGAAGCCUGAGGACUGGAAGAGCCAAAAGUACACCUGUACUGUACAGCACAGGAGCCUGAAACAGGACAUCGUUCUGUCUGUCAAAGAGGAGAACAUCAAGAGGAACAGCGAUAUCAAGAUUGCUCCUGAGGUCUCUCUACUGCAGAAGGACUCCUCCUCUCGUGUUACCUGUCAUGUGACCGGAUUCUACCCCCGUGGCUUCAUGGUAACCUGGCAGAGAAACGGGGAGGACCUGCAUGAGGACGUAGAGCUGGGGGAGACGGUGCCCAACGAGGACGGAACUUUCCAGACCACAUCUCACCUGACAGUGAAGGCUGAGGACUGGAAGGGCCAAAAGUACACCUGUACUGUACAGCAAAAGAGCCCGAAACAGGAAAUCGUUCUGCCUGUCAAAGAGGAGAACAUCAAGGGGAACAGCGAUAUCAAGAGCUACAAGACGACUAACACCUCUGACACGGAUUCUGAGAACUCCGGCCAGCCUGCAGUAAAAGCCUAAGAUCUCAGUAAAGACUGCGUAAUGCACAGAGAGGAGCUGGAGGAGAGCUACAGCAAGAGGAUCCCACACACACAUACGAACACACACACACGUACAAUACAUGCACACACGUACAAUACACACACACACUCACACACACACACACACACACACACACGCCCACACAAUACAAACAGACACACACACACACAUGCACACACACACGCGCGUGCACAAGCGCACACAAAUAUUUUCACCUUUUCAUUAUGAUCAUCUACAGCUGGUGAUAGUCUGGUGUCCCCGAAGAACAGUUUAGAAAUUAUUUGAAAUGUUGUUGUUUUUUAGAAGCUGAACUAAUAAUUCUUAUUUCAUCAUAAAAAAAUCAGUUCCCAGUGGUCGACCCAACAAAUGGUGUGGCCACCCAUUUUGGCUGGAAGCUCUCAAAACUUUAACAGCCCCCAGAACAAUGUCAAUGGUUGUUUUGCAUUGCAUUUGAUAGCACCUUUGACUCAUUAUCUCAGAAGGCUUUACAGUGAAGGGGGUUACCUCACCUGUGUAGCCCCCACCAGCGUGGUGCACAGCAGCCAUUUUGCGCUGGAACACUCACUGCAUAUCAGUAGUUACAGUCACUUACUGCAGCAGUUAAAAUGGGGGGUUAUCAGGUGGUUGCUGACCUGGGGAUUUUCUGACAAUAGUCAUUGGAUUAAGGGUUCAUUUAACUAAACAUUGAAUGUUAAUGCUGUCCUGGUUCUUCGUUUUCUCUUAGUUUUAAACACUGUACAAAUACACUGUACUGUUCGCAUUGGAUCCAUUAAAGCCCAAAAGAACAUGUACAUUAUUUUAGAUAUUAUGUGCCUAUGAAUUAAUUAAUUACUAUUGUAUAUAUUGAUCAUGAAAUGUUUGAUGAUAAUUAUUAUAUGUUGCAAUAAUGUGCACAUUACGGUGCGAGAUAUUCGGAUUUGGAUGUUUUGUUUAUAUUUGGUACAAUUGCUUUGCACAUUGCACUAAAUGGUUGAUCAUACAGCAGUCAAAAGUGAUGUCAGCCAUUUUCACCUUUGCAUGUGAGAGCAGAGGUGGUGACUGAUGCUUUGUCAUGACUGGGAGCCCAUGCGUUUUCUUCACCACAAAAGCUCUGCAACAGCUCCGCAAGGACUCCACAAUGUGGUCAUCAGAAUGAUUCUGUUUUUUAAUUUGGGUCUUUUGUUAUUGAAAAGAACACAACCCAGAGGAAACAUUUUACUUUGUUUUAAAUAAAUACUGUAUUUUGAGAUGACCAGUUUGUUUUUGGAAUUCUUUGGAGGGAAACGAGCGAGUCUGAAAUUAGGAACCCUACUCCACCUUUUACUCAAGCCAGGGCGAACUCAAAUGGGAACUACGCUCUACAAGUUCCAUUAGAGUACAGUCUGGACACAUGUGAACCACGGAAGUGAUCUUUAUCAAAGUUCCAUCAUUUAAGCCGAAGUCUAAGUUUUCCGCAUUCAGCAAAGAGGUUGGUGGAAAGAUGCACAAUGUGUGACCACAGAGGAAGAGUGUGUAGAAAUCAUUCAAAUUUAUCAAUGACAGAAACUAACACUGGUAUUCCAUCAGUAUUCAGCCAUACUACGGAGUACAUCUGUGGCCUGAGGGUUUACUUAAAUACAACAAAGUUUCUCAUUGUAGUGGCACUCCUGCAAUGCAGCCAAUGCAGCCACUUGAGCCUUGAAGCUUGUUACAACCAAAUGGCGCGUGAUAAAAGAUUCAGAGCCAUUUGUUCGUUUUACUUUCAACUUGUACAAUAAUACGAGCAAAAUAAAACGAUACAGACAGUAUGCUUGCGUGUUCGUAAACACGGUCAAAAACUAUAUUGCUUUAUAGCUUGCAAAGCCCAUUCUACGUCUUUGUUCAAAAUGAUCUAACAUAAAGCAUAACGUAACACUAAGCAUUCUGGUAUUACUUAAAGGGGGGUAUUCUCAAUACAAAAAAACAAUUUUACAGUUAUGCAAAGAAAUAUAUCUAAUAAAAUAAUAAUGUGAAUGCUUACUAUGUUGCAAUAACCAAAUUAAAAUAUUUAUUUUGAAGGUUACACUCAUUAUUUCCUCACUCAGAAGUUGAUUGAUAAUCAAUCCACUUUGUGGAAUUCAAAGAUUUGGUUCAAAUCAAUGUAAUAGAGAUAUGUGCAUGUUUGCAAUAACAGAACGAAACAAUCUUUAGUCAGAUUUUUUUCCCGCGUAUUUGUCAUGUUUCAUCUGUUGUCCUUUAUGUUUAUACUGAUCUGUUUAUAUUGCCUCUUGGCUGCGCACUGAAGGAUAAACAUGCUUUCAUCUAAAAUAUCUGAUCAUCAUAUUUCUGGGGUUGUGUGAGUGUUGUUUUUAUUCUAAUUCAGAUCUGGCUGAGCAACUGUGAGUCAGAAUUUUUAAAAAUUUUAAGCCUUUUUAAAAUAAUAAUAAAACAUUGAUUUCAAGCCUGAAAUCCGAUACACUAUACAGAGAUAUAGCCGAACAGCUCAUUUUUUAACCCCAGUCCCUGGGCAGGUGAAUGCCCAGGUGUUGCAGGCUGGGUCCCAUCCUGCACUCCUACAGGCCAUGAACGGACAGGAGAAUGGAGUACGAGAGAAAACAAGUGUAGCUGGGCGGUGAAGAAAAACCAAGUUUUAUUUAUGCACAUAAGGAGGUGGGUCCAAAUGGUGGUGGGGUGGGGGGUGUAAAAGAUCACUGUAAAUAAUGCCCCUUCUGUAUGAUGUUGCCUCUAUUGUAGUUGAUUUAACACUGCUGAGGUUGAUUUAGCACUGCUGGGGUUGAUUUAGCACUGCUGGGGUUGAUUUAACACUACUGGGGUUGAUUUAACACUGCUGGGGUUGAUUUAACACUGCUGGGGUUGAUUUAACACUGCUGGGGUUGAUUUAGCACUGCUUGGGUUGAUUUAGCACUGCUGCUGAUUAUGUAACAUUUUUAGUGUGCAGUACAGGGGGAGCUGCUGCUUACUUUCAUCAACUACAAUUAAGAGUGGGAACGCAAACAAACAGUAGCAGGACUUCUGCUGUUGAUAUUGUAAAUAUAGCUUUUUAUGAUGUAAUUUUAUUCCGGUUUUCUGUUGUGCUGAUACAUAUGCAUACAUGUAUGAAGGUGUUAAGAUUUUCUGGAAUAAAAUUUACAUUUGGAAGUGU